AUGGUCGAAACCCGCUCGGUGACAACGCAAGCUUACUUUGAUGAUCUUGAUGCAUUGUGGAAGUCCGACGGCGAGACACAUAAAAGACUUGUUGGGGUCAAUCAUGUAGCAGACGAACAUUGCCUACAUGACUCACAUCGCGACCCGCCGGAGCAUCGCUUUGAAUUGAGGUGCCCUCAUCAAUUCUACCUCCAAAGACAAGAAACUACGACUGCCUUGAACACGGUGCCAAUGGGUCAGUCACUCUCGGUCGAAGAAAGCUGGGUUUCAGACGAACUGGUUUUCCAUCUGAGCGAAUCGGUCCGCACCAUGUAUACCGGAUGGAGCAUGAGUUGGUGUGUUCUUCUCAUUGAGGUGACGUUGAUCCCCCUGCAAAUCGCUACGACACAACGUGCGCAACACCAAGUUUUCAGUCCAUCGCGAAGACGAAUUGCAAAUCUUCAGUCAGGCGACCCAGUCGAGUGGAAGACUAUCACCGUGGGUGAAACAAUGGACGUGAAGAGAUUGCUCCAGCAACCAGGUACUGAGAACGACAUCUACUUUCGUGCAACCUGGUCCUGUUCAGACACAGCGUCACUUUUGCAUAGUACUCAACGCGAUUUGGAUAGUCUGACACAAGCGAUGAAGCAAAUGCGCAAAACAGUAAUUGAAACUCUUGACCGUCCAUUGAGCAGUAUUACUCGUCUAGUAUUUUGUUCCAAACGCAAUGGAGCCGUGAAGAAUUUUUUGAAUACUUCCAAAAAUGUGAGUGUGAAGCUUUCCCUCCCAUCCCAUGAGUAUAUUAGGCUUUCCCUGACUUACCUCACCCUCCUAUUUCGCGUCUACCCAGGCCACUCAUCAGAAUAUUCAGAGAGUCAACUUGUGGAAGAACCACCGCUUAAAGAUGAGGAAGGAGACCAGGUCGAAGAGAUGAGCUGCGGUGAUUCCGACGAGGAAUGGGACAGCGAGCCAGAGGAUCAUGAGCCCGAAUCGGAAAAGGUACCCAUUCACAUCUUGAUGUUACUUUCAAAGCGACCAUUUGUGUCAAGGACUUCUCGGUACUCAAUUGGAUGUUUCAGUCGCCGAACUUAUCAAGCAUUUAUAGAGUAUGCCAUCUGCGGGGCUCUUUAUUUUGCACCUCUGCGGUCUGCAUACGAAGAAUACUGCGAAAGAACUUCCCUCGUAGCUUCGAAGACUGGUGAAGACCCCACCAAACAGCCCCGUACUCUGUGGGCUGAGUGGGCUGAAGUCCACAGCACCCCUCAUACCGUUGUACCUGAUUUCAAGACACUCUCAAGUCCAAAGAGCAUGUACCGCCUGGCUGAUACUAUAUGCCACAAGCAAAUCAUUGGCUGCCUGAGUGUGAGAAAUUUGAUCUCUGAAAUCCACUGCCCACUUUUUGAACAGCACCAGGAGCUUCGUGUGGAUGCCUAUCAAUUGGUCCGCAAGAGCUGGAAAUCAUUCACCAGCUCCGAGCUUACUGCAUUGAUUGCACCUCUGUCACAAGAAGAGGCAGCUCUUGUUGUUCAACACUCCUAUUGA